GUCCACAGGAAGUGUAGUAAUCCAGUUAACUACCUAAAACAGCAGCUAUUGAUGACGCUUCACGAAGUGUUGUUAGAUGAUGGCCGCCCUUUCUGUUCACAUUAUGGUGCAGUAGUCGGACUGACUGAGUUGGGGACAGAGGUAAAAUCAGACUGUUUACACUGCAGUUUUGUGUUUUCUCUUGUGAUUGUCGAGAGUGGCCCAUCCAUAUUUCAUGUGGAGAACGCCGGAAGUCUGUAGAGAGUGUAAAUUAGCCUCCCAAGAUUUAAUUUCCCUCAUCAUCAUGAAAUCCCAACAUCUGUUAGCCUGUCGAAUUCGGCGAUUUAUCUCGACAAUCACACGGUAAAAUAGGGAGCUGUAAACAUUCAAAUAGUGACUUUUAAAACUUGAUUAUAUUUUCCGUUGUUGUUAGUUCCAAAAGUAAUCUAACGGCAAGUUACGUGGUUGUUUGUUCCAGGCACUAGAACAGUUUGUAAUGCCUCAUCUGCGCACAUACUGGAAUCAGCUACUGCAAGUUCUAGACGAUACCACCCAGUCGAAUGCUCUUUUGCAAGAUGAAGCCUAUCAAGUUUAUGGAGCCCUUCUUGUAAGAAAAGUGACAGCGCCUCUUCAUAUUAUUGGUAGUUACCCAGAAUUAGAAUUAGAUGCGAGCAAAUUUAGGUUGGCAGGGAUUGUAAAAAACGAGGAAUUGUCUAAUUAGGAGACUGAGCCAACUUAACCUAAUUUGAUAAAGGUAGUGAAAAACUUUCUAUCUUGUUUGCAUAAGUUUCAGGUUUUGCUCAUAACUGGUCAUGCACCUGAAGUAGGUUAGUAUUUCUCUAGCUGUCAUCUUGACAUCGAAAGACGUCUAGUACACGCGUCCGUUCUUGAAGGAGAUCCAGAAAGAAACCUUUUGUCUUUAUAUUAAUGCUUGGUUGUCUUCUGUAAUUUUAGUUUUAUAAUGCAGUUUUAUUUGGCACAACCACUGAAUUAAAAUAACGUGUUCGAUAUUUUCCUUCUUCAGCAGGCCGCUGGAUGUCUUUUGAAAUCCAAACAAUUUGGUGUGCCCAUCUCCUCUCUCGGGACUCAAGUCAACAACUCGCACCCAUUCCUGCGCAGCAAUCUUUCUCCGUGGGCUGGGACGAGCGUAAUCCAGCGCCCAGCUCCCGUGGGCUCUACACGAUCGCGGUCGAGUUCGACCAGUCUUGCAUCUAACUCCCUUCAAUUGUACCAACAACUCUACGAGGUGUUUGGAGAUAGUUUAGGGCCCAGAAUUGCACAUAACAACUGGCAAGACGCCGCUGUAACUAAGAACAAUCAGCUGCGGAUGCAACCAUUUGCCCAUGCGUACUUUCCAUUACGCCCGCUCGCACGUGAUGCUAACGUGAUCAAAGAAAUAAUAAUCAAAGCGAGAGAGAAGCUACGGCUAGUGAGCCCCCAAACACCGGCGCAAGGAACCAAGAGAAAAAGAACGACCAGCGAGAGCGGAUCAGCUCAUAAGAAUUUAGAGAAACGGGCAGGAACAAAAGCUAAACGCAUUUGCAUGACAGUAAGGCCUGCGCGAGCGAGAAUUCAACAAGUCCCAAUGGAUUUAGAUCCUGAAGAACCCAAUCCCUCACGAAGCUCCAAGAGAGGCGGUCACAAGGCGUUUGAAGCGCCAGGGACACAAGCACAAGGAGGCCGGAAACGUUCGAAAAGAGCCAUUGUUACCGGACGCAUACAUAGAAAGUUUAGAAGAGUCAACCCUUCUUUGAAUAAUACGGCGAAGUAUGAUUAUCAUUUAGGUGUAAUAUUAUAG